UGCUCUCUGGACAUCAGACCUACAGACGCCUCCUCCUCAUCUGGUGCUUAGGACUUACAGCAGAAUGAUUGGACAAUCAACUCUUCUCGUGGCAUUGGCCAUUAUUGCCUUAGCAACGGCUCUACCAGGAAGGCCUUAUGGGGGCGCUGGAGUAGGAGGCGUUGGAGGACUUGGAGGUGUUGGAGGACUUGGAGGUGUUGGAGGACUCGGAGGUGUUGGAGGCCUUGGAGGUGUUGGAGGAUUCGGAGGUGUUGGAGGUGGACAUCUUGGAGGUGUUGGUGUUGGAGGAGGGCACCUUGGUGGACAUAGUGGUGGCCUUGGAGGUGGAGCUUUAGGUGGUGGCCUUGGAGGUGGAGCUUUAGGUCUUGGAGGAUCCUCCUUCAACCCAGCCCACUUCCCAGACCUCGUUCCAGGAUUCCCAUUCCAGCAAUCCCAUCCAGGCCAAGGAUUCGGUGGGUGCAAAUACUGGUGCCGUAGCUCUUACCAGAACAACUAUUACUGCUGCACAAGGUCCACCUAUGCUGGAUAAGGACCUGGAAUACCCUUCGCAGAGAAAUAGUUGUUCCUUCAAGAAAUCGUGAAUUAAAUUAUUUGUUACAGUUUUCCAUGAAAAUAAAAAAAUUAAUUGUU